AGCUGUCCGAUCCACAAAACGUGUUCUUCUUCUUCACUGCUAUUAGAGCCAUCAUUGUAUUGAACACAUCAAUCUGUGCCUAGUUCUGCUGAAUGAUCCCAUCACAUCUACCCCAUCAAGUGUCAUCUGACCUUCCAAAGAGGACAGUGAGGACUUGUGUCCUAUAUUUAUAACUUACUGGGUAUAUGCCAACAUGGACCAGCCACCAUCCAUGUAUGUGGAGUGCAGGGGUCAUGAUGCAGCCCACAGGGUCUUUGUGAACAGAAGUCUAGCCAUGGAAAAAAUCAAGUGCUUCGGAUUUGAUAUGGAUUAUACACUUGCUGUAUACAAGUCUCCAGAAUAUGAAUCUCUUGGUUUUGACCUGACAGUUGAAAGAUUGGUGUCUAUCGGUUAUCCUCAAGAACUUCUAAGUUUUGUCUAUGAUCCAACGUUCCCCACCAGAGGUUUGGUGUUUGAUACAAUUUAUGGAAAUCUCUUGAAAGUUGAUUCCUAUGGCAAUAUUCUUGUUUGUGCACAUGGUUUUAACUUCAUGAGAGGACCUGAAAUAAGGGAACAGUACCCAAAUAAAUUUAUCCAGAGAGAUGACACAGAACGCUUUUACAUUCUCAAUACCCUGUUCAAUUUACCAGAAACCUACCUACUGGCCUGCCUGGUAGAUUUCUUCACUAACUGCGACAGAUACACGAGCUGUGAAAAGGGAUUUAAAGAUGGAGAUCUGUUCAUGUCAUUCCGGAGCAUGUUCCAGGAUGUCAGAGAUGCUGUUGAUUGGGUUCAUUAUAAGGGAUCUCUUAAGGAGAAGACCGUGGAGAACUUCCCGAAGUAUGUUGUGAAAGAUUCCAAACUGCCUCUCCUGCUGAGUCGUAUGAAUGAAGUGGGGAAGAUUUUUCUGGUCACCAACAGCGACUAUAAAUAUACUCACAAAAUAAUGACUUACCUGUUUGACUUCUCUCAUGGACCAAAGCCUGGGACCCUACAUCGGCCAUGGCAGUCUUAUUUUGACUUAAUAUUAGUGGAUGCACGGAAACCACUGUUUUUUGGGGAAGGAACUGUGCUCAGACAAGUGGAUACAAGCACUGGCAAGCUUAAAAUUGGGACCUACACAGGACCAUUGCAGCAUGGAAUUGUCUAUUCAGGAGGCUCUUCAGACACUGUGUGUGACCUGUUAGGCGCUAAAGGGAAAGAUAUACUGUAUAUUGGAGAUCACAUCUUUGGUGAUAUUUUGAAGUCCAAAAAGCGUCAGGGGUGGAGGACGUUCUUGGUCAUCCCGGAGCUGGCACAGGAGCUUCACGUUUGGACAGACAAAAGCUCACUUUUUGAGGAGCUUCAGAGCUUGGAUAUCUUCUUGGCAGAACUGUACAAACACCUGGACAGUAGCAGUAAUGAGAGGCCAGACAUCAGCUCCAUCCAGAGGCGAAUUAAGAAAGUCACUCAUGACAUGGACAUGUGCUAUGGGAUGAUGGGAAGCCUUUUCCGCAGUGGAUCCCGUCAGACAUUGUUUGCCAGUCAGGUUAUGCGAUAUGCAGAUCUGUAUGCAGCCUCCUUCAUCAAUCUCUUGUAUUAUCCAUUCAGCUAUCUCUUCAGAGCAGCACAUGUCUUGAUGCCCCAUGAAUCUACCGUGGAGCAUAUUCAUGUAGAUGUUAAUGAAUCUGAAUCCCCACUGGCAACGAGAAACCGCAGUUCCCUCGACUACAAAGACUCUGAAUUCAAGCGGCAUCAUUUGACUCGCUCCAUCAGUGAGAUCAAACCUCCCAACCUCUUCCCACUGACCCCACAGGAGAUUACACACUGCCACGAUGAGGAUGAUGAUGAGGAGGAAGAGGAGGAGGAAGAAGAGUAAAAUCCUGCAAGACAAGCAUUAUCCUAAACAGGAUAAAAUAUCCCCACAAGUCACUAAUAUUUUACAAAGAAACAUUUCCUUCCAUGAGAGAAUUUUCCAUUCACAAACAGAAAGAAACAUACAUUUUUCUCUGGAUUUAAUUUCCUUUUGGUUUUUCCCGUCCAAAGUUCUGAAUGCAAGUUGGCAUUUGCACUCUCUUCCUCCAGGUCGUACAUUUCUGUCAGAAAGUUCCAUGGACCUCUUCUGUGAGAGAUGUGGCACAGUAUUUACUACAUUCUGUUUUCUAUUGUAGUUUUUAUACUUCCAAAACCAUCCCGCAAUGUGUUGUCUGCAGAGCUGAUGGAUAAUGAGGCACGCAGCUCCUUUGAGCACAUAGGUUUUGUAUAUUACAGAUCAGCACCUUCUCUAUUGGUGCUGUAGCUAAAGAAUUAUUUAGCACGGGCAGUGGAGCGCUUGAUGCGUUCCAUUUCGGUUACCAGUUAAUGGUUCUCUUACAUGACGUCCGUUCAGAUAUGUUGGGGAUUUGCUGUGUUUCUCUGAUCUGGUAAUGAUGUGAGCGCCCCCUAGUGGACAUCAAUAUCCUGCCAAAGUUUAAUGGACAAGAUUGCCAAGGGCACCUAUGCUCUUAUGCAGUGAUUGUCAGAUUUUCCAGUAUAGUGCUUGUUUUGCAACUUGUCACUAAAUGUGCUGCAGUGGACUCGACCCUUUUAUGUUUCUAGAAAGGAUUGAUUUAAAAGGGACUUUGCAUCAAAAUAUAAGCUCUGCUUAUUCUUGUGUGCCCCAGCUCUCUAUGUAAUAAGAUGACAAAAAAAAAAACCUGAUAAAAACUGAAUUGCCUUAUCGCACCAUAUAUUUCACCCUUAGUACUUAGAAGGGGGUGAUGUCUUGGUCCCUCCUGUGAGAUCCUGGGAAAGUUGGGGAUCACAGAUCUCAAGAGAAUGUUCUGGCAGAUUUCUAAUCCUUUCCUUUCUCAGGAUUCUGCCAAAUGUUGCCCACAUUUAGGCCUCACAGGCAGAACAGUUGUAAGAUAGGUAUUAAUUCUUUAAAACAUUCAAGUCCACAUUUUUACAUAGGUGGGCAUAGAUCUAAGGCAUAGCCAUUCUGAUGCAGGGUUUGCAACCAGUCAGAUUUCCUCUUUUCUCAGUGGAUAGCAGACUGUAAAAAAGUGUCUUCUGAAUGGCUGAUUGGGUUACACUGCUUUUUCAUUCUUAUAGUUUACUGAUUCCUGGUGAAUUGAUAAAAAGUUAAAUUCACACAUGGCUGCCUUCACUGUAUUUGUAAUUCAAGCUUGCACAGUGUUGCAAAGUGUAAGUUUUUUUUGCUGUGAUUUUUAUUUUUUAAUAUCCAAAAAUCACCUAUUGGGUGAGCAUUUGUGGCCUCAUAGACCACUGCUUUCAAAUGCAUUGCUUUGUAUUGCUCUGGAAAUACUGUAAGGGUUGACAAUAUUGUUUUAGCUAGUGCUUUUCUUUCGUGUUUAGCGAUAUAUACAGUGUUGUUACAAAGUUUUCUAACUAGAGGAGCACAACACAGGAUAGCACAAUGCUGCACAUUUGUGUUUGUCGUGUAUCUGAUCACUCAUUUAUUGCGUGUUCAUUCCCUCCAUGAUAGAAGGGAAGGCAGCUUUAUGUAUAUUGCAGCAUGGGCAUCUCCAUUUGUCACAUCUAUGCUUUACAUUAGGCGGUACACACAGGGUUGUCAUUUCAUCCUGCUAAUGUUGUUUCUUAGCAGGUGCAGACAUUGAGGUGCAUGAUAAGAAAAUGGUGACAACCAGUGUCUGGUUGUCUGUCUCUGUGCUGUGCAUUGUAAGCACUUCACGCCAAGAAGCAACAUUUGAAAGCUGGAUUAAAGGACCAAUACACCUACAAUACAGUUUGCCUUAUAUAAAAGAACUGCUCAUAAGAUUCACAAAUAUGUAUGUAAGAAUGUAGAUAUUUACUUAAAAUGAACACGUGUUUUACACAUGGAGAGCAGAGCAACAUGUUCACUUUGUUAAAGCCCUCCACAGCAUAUACUUCUAUUCCUUUGGCUCCAUCACUACUCCAUUCAACCACCAGAAGUGAAAGAAAAGCUCUAUGUAUACUACAAGUUUAUCGAGUGGAAGCUUACAAAGGGGCCCAGUUCUGUAACAUGCUCCUCCACGCUCGGAAGUAACUGUUUUCUUUGGCUCCCGAAGCUGAUUGGAAUGGAGGGGAGAUGCAAGUAAAUGCUGCUGGGAGGGUGGGGGGUGAGGGGUCAAGCAAACCUGUUUAGCCCUGAAUAGGAAAAGGCAUACGUUUGUAGUAAGGAAUUAAAAAUGGUAUUUACGGUUAAGGAACCUCUGAUUUAUCUAUCAUUUAUUUAUUCUUUUCUGGUUGACAUGUUUCUUAAUAGUGUAACAGGAAGUCGGCCAUUUUUAUCAAAACCCCCUUUCUCUUCAGUACCUACACUAAGCGUGGAAGGACCAGAUCCUCUGGCAGGUUUUUACAUUGGGGAGAUCCUUCACUUUCUGUCCCAAUGAUACCCAGGUCAUCUCCCGGAGCUGAACAGGUUAUCCCUUUUUAUAAAAUCCUAUGGAGAAUAUGCUAGGAAGCCAGUGACACCAUCACCAGCCCCCUAGUGCAUUUUCCCAAGAAACAUAUGAAGAAUGCACUGGAGAAAAAUGGAGUUCAGAUCACCCCAUUAUCCUGCUUUUCAGUGAAGGGGAAAUCCUCUCAGUGGGAAAAACCUGACAGGGGAUCCAACCUUUUACUCAGAAGAGAUAUUUAGCGUUCAGAUUUAAAAUCAACCAAGAUCAGAGAUCGUAAACUGGAAAA